GUUGGAUACCGGUGCCGAAAGCGUGUUUUUACGAAAGCCCGUACACCUGGCUUGAUGGUGCAAAGUUCCAGGGUGAUAACAGAGUGCUAGAAAUCAAGAAAAUCGAUCCACCUGCAAAGGAACGUCUCAACGCAUGCGAGCGUCGCCAUUGAUGGAGGCGACGGUGAAGAAGCUGGGUGUGCGUCUGUCGCCGCCCAGCCUGUUGCUGGUGUACCGGCCGGCGGCGGCUGCCAGCGACCGGCUGCGCAAGAUGCCCGUCAAGAGCCUGACGGCGGCCAGCAGCUGCGCACGCGUGGCGCAGGAGCUGCGCGAUCGCCACCAGCCGCACCUGGACGCCGUGCCGCAGCGCAAGCUGCUUAAGAUGCUGCGCAUCCUGCAGGAGGGGCUGUCGGGCGGUCCGGUGGGGGAGAUCCUGCCGCGGGUCGAAGCCGAGUUUCGUCUGGACCCGAACGAGGACCUCAACAAGCUGCCGACAGACCAGCUGGAGAGGAAGAAGGCUGCCAUGGACGAGCACUUCCUGCGCCACGUUGUCAAGCCCGGCCACCCCGACUUCGUCUAUGACCUGCGCCAGGAGUUUGACGGCCCCAAACAGAGCAGCGGAUGGGACGAGCAAGAGGAGGAAGAUGAUGACGACUGGUGAAUGGAAUGUGCUGAAAAAGCGCGCCACCCGGCACCAAUGAAUGGGGUUUAUGCAAAUGUUGUGUCAUGGUUUGUAUGCCGAUUCUCUCGCGCUCUACGAACUUGUCGGUGUCGGUGUAAGUAUUGUCAUCUCAUAGAUAUGAAAUGACUGUGUGAUAAUGAUGAUUUCAGCGGCUUUGGCUGAAGGGGUGGAUUCAUUUUCAUGUCGGGUGUAUUCGGGUGAAUAAGUAGGUCAUUAUGAAGAGGUGCUGCAGCUUGGAUAAUACUAGGCAUGAUAUGGCCAUGCUUGGUAGGAUGCCGACGGUUCCUAGAGCACCAUCACUACACCGAACACUCCAUGUUUCACGUGGAGACCUACGAAGCUGCCAGCAUACAUGUUGGUGUUGACUCAUUAGGCUGCUGGAGAAUGUGAUUGUAGUCAUACCAUAUAUGGUUGCUGCUGUGUUUGUUACAUGUAUAUAACAUCAACUGGGUUAUAAGACGGAUAUUGCAAUAGAUUAGCGGUGCGAAAGCCAAAGAAGACAAAAUGUCGGCACGUUCUGUGCCAUACGUAAUCUUAGGGAAAAACAUGUGUUUUUUAAAUAAACUUCAC